CUCGUCCUAAAAAAGCUGUGUGGAAGUCACAUGGGCUCACUUUAAACCGGCUUGCAUCCUUCUUCCACCUUUCGCCUUUGCCUUCUCCAGCGUUUCAUCCCUUGUUUUACUUUUUUUUUUUUAAGCACAGGAAGUUGUUGCAAAGGCUGCAUUGAAACAGCUCUAGUCUUGCUUAAACUAUGCCUGAGAAAGUGUAAUUCCCCCCCCCCCCCUCCUGUUUGGCCUUUUUAUUUGAUCUCUUGACACUAUGACCGAGGAGAGCAGGAGCGAGCACAGAUUUGAGAGCGGCAAGGAUUUGGACAAGCAGCUCCGUUUGCGGGUGUGCGUCCUCAACGAGCUCUUAAAAACAGAACGGGAUUAUGUGGGCACACUGGAGUUCCUGUCGGUGUUCCUGCACCGACUGGACCAGUACGCCGCCACCAAAAUGGACAAAAACAUCACGGAAGAAACGGUGAAGGUGUUGUUCUGCAACAUCGUGGACAUCCUGGCGGUGCACAAAGACUUCCUCUCCAUGGUGGAGGAGCUGCUGCAGCCCGACCCGCACGCUCACCACGAAGUCGGGCGCUGCUUCUUGCACUUUAGACGGCGCUUCCAGAUUUACGACGAGUACUGCGGGAAUCACGAGAAGGCUCAGCGGCUGCUGCUGGAGCUCAACAAGAUCCGCAGCGUCCGCACAUGCUUGCUGAACUGCAUGUUGCUGGGAGGCCGUAAAAACACUGAAGUCCCACUGGAGGGGUACCUAGUGGCCCCCAUUCAGAGGAUCUGCAAGUACCCGCUGCUGCUCCGAGAGCUGCUUAAGAGGACGCCUAAGAAGCACUCCGACUACGCGCUGGUGCAGGAGUCGCUGCAGAUGAUGAAGGCCGUGUGCUCCGGCAUCAACGAAGCCAAGCGGCAGAUGGAGAAGCUGGAGGUUCUGGAAGAGUGGCAGUCGCACAUCGAGGGCUGGGAGGGUUCCAACAUUACCGACACGUGCACGGAGAUGCUCAUGCACGGCGUCCUGCUGAAGAUCUCCGCCGGGAACGUGCAGGAGAGGAUCUUCUUCCUGUUUGACAAGCUCCUGGUCUACUGCAAAAAGAAAAACAGACGUUUGAAAAACAGCAAAGCAACCACGGAGGCUCCUCGCUACAUGUUCAGAGGCAGAAUCAACACCGAAGUGAUGGAAGUGGAAAAUGUGGACGACGGCACGGCUGACUACCACAGCUCGGGCAACAUCGUCAACAACGGCUGGAAGAUCCACAACACGGCCAAGAACAAGUGGUUCGUGUGUAUGGCCAAGACGGCCGAGGAGAAGCACGGGUGGCUGGAGGCCAUCAUGAAGGAGCGCGAACGCCGCAAGAGUCUGACGCUGGGCAUGGAGCAGGACACGUGGUUGAUGGUUUCUGAGAAGGGUGAGAAGCUCUACCAGCUCAUGAGCAAAGGACACCUCAUUAAGGACCGCAAACGCAAGCUCAGCACGUUCCCAAAGUGCUUCCUGGGAAGUGAGUUUGUAUCCUGGCUGAUGGAAAUUGGCGAGACGGGCAACCCGGAGGAGGGCGUCCACCUCGGUCAGGCCCUGCUGGAAAAUGGCCUCAUCCACCACGUCACCGACAAGCACCAGUUCAAACCCGAGCCCGUCUUGUACCGCUUCCGUUACGACGACGGCACCUACCACCCGAGGAGCGACACGCACGACGUCAUAUCCAAGGGUGUUCGCCUCUUCUGUCGGCUUCACAGCCUCUUCACUCCUGUCGUCAGGGACAAGGAUUACCAUUUGAGGACGUACAAAUCGGUGGUGAUGGCCAACAAGCUUAUAGACUGGCUAAUAGCGCAGGGCGACUGCAGAACAAGAGAGGAGGCGCUGAUUUUGGGAGUAGAGCUGUGUGACAAUGGAUUCAUGCAUCACGUGCUGGAGAAGAGCGAAUUCAAGGACGAGCCGUUGCUCUUCCGCUUCUUUGCCGACGAGGAGAUGGAGGGCUCCAACACCAAACACAAACCGCUAAAGCAUGACCUGAAAAUAGUGGAGAACGUAAUCUCCAAGUGUCUCCUGAUAAGACCCAGCGAGGGAGGUUAUGGAUUCACCCUGGAGGAGAGGAACAGGCUACCCAUCAUCAAGUCGGUGGAGAAGGGCUCCCCUGCUGAGAUGGCCGGCCUGGAGGCGGGAAAGAAGCUGUUCGCCAUCAACGGAGACCUGGUGUUCCUCAGACCUUUCUCGGAGGUGGAGGUUCUCCUCAGGCAGUGUUUCGACAGCAAAGGGCCGCUCCGGGUCCUGGUCAGCACCAAACCCAGAGAGACUGUGAAGAUUCCCGACUCGGUGGAUGGUUUGGGCUUCCAAAUCCGCGGCUUCGGCCCCUCCGUGGUGCACGCCGUUGGAAGAGGCACGGUGGCGGCCAUGGCCGGACUGCACCCGGGCCAGUGCAUCAUCAAGGUGAACGGCAUCAACGUGAGCAAGGAGAGCCACGCCAGCGUCAUCGCUCACGUGACGGCGUGCCGGAAGUACAGGCGACCCUCGCAGCAAGAUACAAUCAAGUGGGUGUACAACAACAGUGAAAGCGCCCACGAGGACAACCAGAGGAGCAAUCACAAGGCCACCCCGGAGGAGAACGUCGACGGCUUUGAGUGCAAAGUUGAAGAGGUGAUGGACAAGUUUAACACCAUCGCCAUCAUCGACGGCAAGAAGGACCACGUGAGCCUCACGGUGGACAACGUGCACCUGGAGUACGGCGUGGUGUACGACUACGACAGCACGGCCGGCAUCAAGUGUCACGUCCUGGAGAAGAUGAUGGAGCCCAAAGGCUUCUUCAGCCUCACUUCCAAGAUCCUGGAGGCUCUGGCGCGUAAUGACGACACUCUGGUGCAGACGUGCGCGAGGUUGACAGCCGGCUGUGACGUCAUGCCGGAGGAGCUGCAGGUGCGCUUCAACGCCAUGUGCGCGGAGAAGGUUGAGCACAUCAACCGGCGCAUCACCAACUACAGGAAGUUUGCCCGGGUGCUGAAGAACAGGGCCUGGCCCACGUUCAAGCAGGCCAAGGGCAAGGUGUCACCCUUGCACAGCAGCGACUUUUGCCCCACCAACUGUCACGUCAACACCAUGGAAGUGUCCUACCCGAAGACCACCACCUCCUUGGGCAGCUCCUUCGGGGUGCAGCUGGACAACCGAAAGAACACGCCGGAGAAAGGCGGACGGUGCGCCGCCGAGCAGGGUAAGCUGAGCCCCAUGGUCCACAUCCAGCACACCAUCACCUCCAUGGCGGCCCCCUCCGGACACAGCCUGGGCCGCACGGAGGGCCACGGCUUACGCUUCCUGCUGCGGGAGGAAGACCUGCUCACCCUGGACGCGUACCACAAGCUCCUGGACAAGCUGGAAACCGUCGUCAAGGAGAUGCAGACGCACGGCGGACAUAUUCACGACCUGUUAUCAUCCAUCACGUACCCGUCGGCGUCCGAGGCCAAGAGCCCGGAGGUUUUCGUAUCUGCCGAGAGCGAUGGCGACAAGGGCGAGCGCAACGGGAAGAAAGUGUGUUUUAACGUGGCAGGGGACGAGCAAGAAGACUCAGGCCAUGACACCAUCAGCAACAGGGACUCGUACAGUGAUUGUAACAGUAACAGGAACUCCAUCGCCUCCUUCACCAGCAUCUGCAGCAGCCAUUGCAGCUCAUACGUCCACAGUGACGAGAUGGACUCAGGGGACGAGAUGGCGUCCAGCGUGUGGCUAUCCCACGAAAAGGAAAAGAAGCUUCACAGCUUCCUGGAGCACCUUUUCAGCCAGGUGGACUCCAUCAGCAGCAUGCUGCGGGGUGCAGUGGUGGCCCGGGCCUUCGAGCAGACCAAGUGCUUCAUGCCGGGGAGAGGCUUCCAAGAAUUUCAGCAAGAGUUGGAGCCCAAGAUGAACUACGCCAAGAGGUUGCGUCUCCACGUCAAGCAGGAUCCGUGGAACCUCCCCGGGAGUGUCCAGGCACUCACGCAAACCAUCGCAAAAUUUGUCGAAGAGGUGAAAACGAGGCUGCUCUUGGUCCUGCUCCAGUAUACAGACUCUGAGAUCCAGUUGCGUCGAGAUAUGGUCUUCUGUCAGUCGCUGGUGGCGGCCGUGUGCGCCUUUUCUGAGCACCUGCUGGCUGUUCUCAAUCAGUUCCACUGUGCGGGCAAGGAGGCGGAGCCAGAGCAGGACCCCCAGGACUUGCAGGAGGCUCAGGAAGCCAGCAGGCGAUGGCUGGAGCAGAUCGCAAGUGCGGGGCUGCUCUUCCACUUCCAAUCGCUUCUCUCGCCCAACCUGACGGACGAGCAGGCCAUGCUGGAGGACACUCAGGUGGCGCUGGUGGACCUGGAGAAAGUCACCUUCUACUUCCAGCACUUUGAAGGGGAACCCCGAGUGGCCAACAUGCCCGUGUGGUACCACGUGGAGGGCACAAGGCAGCACCUGAAGGUUUUCCUCCAGCUGGAGAGUUUUUACUUCUCUCAGCUGCCGGCCCGGCUGAGAGGCGGUGGCGGCGUCAAAAUCUACACCGUGCUCUUCACGCAAGCGCUGGAGAGCAUGGAGGGCUACUACUACAGAGAUAACGUGUCUGUGGAGGAGUACCAGGCCCACAUCAACGCCGCCUCGCUGGACAAAGUUAAGCAGUACUACAAAAGGCUAAGGGCCUUUUACAUGGAUCAGUCCAACAUGCCGCCCAGCUCUGCACCCAAAGCUGCCCUCAUAGAUAAGCUGAUGCGUCCCCUGAACGCGGUGGACGAGCUCUAUCGCCUGCUGGAGAGCUUCAUCCGCUGCCGCCGCACGGCCGCCUGCCAGUACACCGCCUGCGGGGCGUCCGGGGUGGGCCUGCUGACGGUGGCCUCGGAGCUAUGCUCGCGGCUGGGGGCCGCCCACGUGGUCAUGUGCAACAGCGGCGUUCACCGGUGCACCCUAAGCUUGACGCUGGAGCAGGCCAUCCUGUUAGCCCGCAACCACGGCCUGCCCCCUCGCUGCAUCAUGCAGGCCACGGACGUCAUGAGGAAACAGGGUGCCAGAGUUCAGAACUCUGCCAAGAAUCUGGGGGUGCGGGAUCGGACGCCAUCUUCCGUGCCAAGGUUGUACAAGCUGUGCCAGCCUCCGCCCCCUGAUGGCGAGCCAUAAUGCAUUGCAAGCGGGGAGUAUGAAGAAGUGCCCAUCUACCCAAUUCACUUAUUUUUACGCUUAUAUGUCCAGUGUCAUGUAAAUAGAAUUUUUAAAAAGCA